AUGGUGCUUUGUGUGGUAUUGAUCGUCAUUUUUGGGCAAAUUUUGACCUGCAAUGCAACGAUAUGUGAGUAUUGUGGAAAGGAUUUCAAAUCGCUGGGCAGACAUCAAUGGCGUUGCAAAUCACGAACUGGUGUCGGAAACUCACCUAAUACGGAGAGAGCGUCUUCUUCAACAUCUGCGGAUAAUAAUACAUGUACGGUAGGGUCGACUAAUGUCGCAGGAGAAAGUUUUAUGUGUUAUUGUGGGCGUACAUUUAAUAGUUAUCGUUCACUAAAUUUACAUCGCCGAUCAUGCUUUGUACAGAAUAACCCGUGCUUUGCUGAACUGUUUGCUCAACAAGAUGAUAGCAUUACUAUUGCAAAUAGUAAUGAAAGCAUGACCGAAGUUCUGUUUCCGACCGAUAAGUUUAAAGUGUUAUCAGGAGUAAAACUUCCUCGAUCGGAUCUUAGUUGGAAAGCAGCUAACGAGUUUUUUCAGUCGCAAUUUAGUGUUAGACCAGAGCUGGGAGACUUGGAUUCGGAAAUUGUAUUCAUGAAUAACGUUAUCUGGUCUUACUUUAAAGAUACAUGUGGUUUGGUAAAGUCGGCUAAUAAAUUUGAACACUAUAGAAGUAUGUCAAAAUCAAAGUUAAAAAAAUGCUUAAAAGAUUUAAAAUCAAACGGAGGCAGCUUGGAGGAAAUAAAAUUUGUCAGUAAGUUAUUGCGAAAAAGAAUGCAGUCAAGCGUUAAUGACCAGCGGGAUUAUGAAAAUGAAUUAAAUGAGAACUUUUGGAAGUUUUGUAAAAAUGAAUUUGAAAACACUGAAGAGCUAGAACCAAACUUGAGCGAACAGUCGUGUUUCGACUAUUUUAAGAACUUAUUUAAGGAGAAAAGUAAAAGUCGUUUGUUUAAUUGGCCGUCCUGGUUGAGUUCAUUUCCAUCCGCAAGUAAAGAUUUCGACUUAGAAUGUCCUACGUAUCGUGAGAUCUCUAAAAUAAUCAGAAAAAUGAAAAGUCGUGGCUCUGCGUGUCCUUUCGACCAAAUAAGCAUUAUUUCGUUUCAACGUUGUCCAAUUUUAAGAACGCAUUUAUGGAGAAUUAUCUGUAAAUGCUGGAACGAAAAAAAUAUUCCAUCUGUCUGGAAGCACGCGGCGGCGAUAUUGAUCCAUAAAAAAGAUUCAACUGAGGAUCCUGCUAAUUUCCGUCCUAUCUGUCUAUAG